AUGUCGCUAAGUGAAUACCUUUGGGAAAGGGACCUGGCUUGGCGUGCGGAUCUUAUAGAACGAGAUGAUGGGGAAGACGAUGACGAGAGCGAAAACGAAGACCAAUCCACGACAUCCACGUCGCAGUCGAAAACCUCAACUUCACAAACUCGAACCUCGAUUACCCCGAAUAAGUCAACGGCGAUCAAAACAACGCUCCUCACCUCUGUCUCUACGGCCCCUCCCGGCAUCACAGUGACACAACAGGGCAAAGGAAAUGCCGGCGCAACCUCUAGCUCCUCAAGAGCUAGUUCAACAGGUGUUGUGGCAGCACAAGGUAUCUCCAAUGGCUUGACUUCACAUCCAUUGGCUGGAACUCUGGUCGGGGUUGUUGUCGGUCUUGUUGUAUUCAUUCUGUUUCUUUUUGCGCUUCUCUUCUUCCUCGUCCGUCGGAGGAAGGGAAGAAUACCAGAGGCGAACAUUGUAACCCCAACCGAGGACCGCGAUCCAGCCCAAGAUCGACAGUCAACGUGGACGGCGACACUUCCCAGCGCUCCCCGCCGGCUGUUUAUCGCACCCAAGAGCAUGCGGUCGAAGCGUGCGCUGCUUUCACCACUCACGCUCAAUCCUAAUAAUCGAGGAGAAAGUAUGAUUAGUAAAGAUGGUGUGGAAAGACAAGAGCGUUUGGCUCGGGUUCGGACCGAUUUGCUUGGGAAUAGAGAGCUGAAGACUGGGCUAGCGAGAAACGGAGAAGGGGAGACUAGGAAUAAGGGGACCUUUGGUGUGGCAAGGGGAAGUGGGAGUAUUAAUGAGAAAGAUAGGGUUGAGAUUGAGGCGAACUCUGGGUUGUGGGAGGAUGCUAUUACGGUUGCGAAGAGAGAGUCUGUGGCUGAGAGCGAGGCGAGUCUGCCAAGGUGGAGGACACCGGAUGCCUCAUUUGGAGUGCUACAUGCCUUGUCCCGAUACUUGAUCAGAGCUUUCGAAACCGGUGCCACGAUUGAGAUCGGAGCUUCAUCGACCCAGCGGUCAAAAUUCUUCUUGCUCCAGCACAUCAUUUUGACUGCAAUCCUUGACAAAGGAUUGUCUUCGCGUUUGAGCUCUGCUACGAUUCUGCAAAACCCACCAAAUCCAGCCACCUCUAUGUCGCGUGGUGCAUUUGAUCUAGUAUGGAUCUGCUUGGCUGCUUCGUUCUGCAGCUUCCUCAUCAGAAAGCGAUCUCCCAAAAUCCAGAUUUUGGCUCAGAUCCAGUUCACCACUAUCGCAAACAACGCGGGGUCGACAUCGCAUAACUUCAUCGUUUGCGUUCUUCCCUCCUCAAAGUUGCCAUUGAGAGCCACAGCCAAAAAUGGCGAGUAG